UCGCCGUCGCCCUCUUCAUAAAUAAUAGCGCUGAAAUAUUUGUCUGCUGUUGCCAAACAGUUAAAUAGAGCUUUUUAGUUCUUGUUUGUACUGCUUUUGUUUUUGUGCGUGCCAUUAUAUUUGACAUCUAUUAUUUACAUUUUCUUCGGUCGCUAACGCUUUGUGUUAAUUACGUCACUAAAAGGCACGUUUUGGCUUGUGCUUUUAGUUAAGAUUCGUUGAUAUGAGCACUGAUUCCGGCGAUGACGAUAAUGUAUCGGCUGAUAAGUCCUCCAAAAGUCUGUUUAUAUCGCUAAAUCAAAAUCAACAGUACUCGCCAUUGCAAUUAAUACAUCACGAAAGUGAAAUAAUGAAUACAAAAGAUGAUAUUUGUCUUGGCGAUAUCAAGUCGGAAUCGCUACGUCUAUUAGACAAGGGAGUGCCUAAAAGAAACGCUUUGUGCGAAGAAACUGGAAACCAACUUGCUACAACACUGAAUGAAAAAGCUAAAGACAGCACACCAACAAAGCCGCACAACAAAGUACUUACGGAUAGUGGUAGAAUGGCAGACUAUGGCGAUAAAGUUACGACAGUUAAGGAAGAUGACACCCAAACUAAAUUAGAUAUGCCAAAACUUCAAAAUAAUGGUGACGAUGUGACACAAAAUUCCACAACAGUUUAUGCCGAACGAGAUGAAGAUUGCAAGGCCCCCAAAUGGUGGAGUCACUUGCUUCUUCGUUGGCCUGGUAUUUCGGAAUCAGUUGCAAUAUUAGUUAUAUUUCUGGGCCUUUGGUCUAUGGCAUGGGUCCUCUUGCAGGACUAUGCCAAGCCAUCCACAGUUAUAAUGCGAAUUGUUGGUCUGUUUGUGGGCGCACAAUUCUCAGGAAUUCUGGUUACAUUUCUCAAUCUACCCGAUAUGUUGGGUAUGCUAUUCUUCGGUGUUCUCUACACGAAUGUCGGUUUGGCCAACUUUGAAGGCUCUGAGCGUCUUCAGUUGUACUUGAGGGAAAUGGCUUUGGUCAAUAUUAUGCUGCUGGCAGGUCUGGGUUUGGAUGGCAGUGCUUUUAAGCGGCUGUGGAUAAUGAUAAUGCGACUGACGUUUUUCCCCACCAUAGCGGAGGUGGCAAUAAUUGCGCUUCUGGCAUAUUUUACGCUACACAUGUCCUGGCUAUGGGCCAUCGCCUUAGGGCUCGUCAUUACCGCAGUUUCGCCCAAUGUGGUUGUUACGGUUAUGCUUAAGCUGAAGGAGGAGCGUUUGGGCCUAAACAAUGGCAUCCACACACUUAUAUAUGCGAUGACAACAUGCAACGAUGUCGUGAGCAUAUUUCUGUUUGGACUCAUUAUCAGCGUCAUUUUCUCCACAGGCUCCCUGACCGAACAAGUUUUACAAGGACCCAUUGGCAUUGGAAUUGGUCUUGCUUUCGGCUAUCUUUUCGGUCUGAUGUUGCGAUAUUUGCCAUCACGCAAUACGGCUAACGUAAAUAGUCUGCGCUUUGUAUUGACUUUCCUGGGCGGUACCCUAUCAGUUAUGGGUAGUCGCGUUAUUGGAUAUCCAUCGGCUGGCGCCUUGGGCUGUGUAUCUUUGGCAUUUACAGCAGGCAUUGGUUGGAAGCAAGAGGCGGCUAAUAAAAUCCAGGACAGUGUGCCGGGACAUUUGGAUUUGCUGUGGAAGUUCCUGAAACCUGUGUCCUUUGCCCUCAUUGGCAAGGAAAUUAAAUUUUCUGCACUCGAAGGUCCUGUUAUUGGUUAUGGGGCGCUGCUCGUGGUACUCGGGAGUUUGUUUCGUCUGGUUUUUGCAUAUUUAUCCACGUAUGGUAGGAAUCUUUCAAAAAAGGAACGUGCCUAUAUUACUAUAUCUGGUGUUCCGAAAGCAACUGUUCAAGCCGCCCUUGGUCCUGUUGCCUUAGACAUGGCCCGAGCUGCCUUAGAGCCAAACGACGCCCAGCUGGAUUUGGCCAGCAAUGUCCUAAUUAUUUCAGUGCUAGCCAUUAUAUUCACCGCCCCUCUAGGUGCCAUACUCAUGCUCCGGCUGGCGCCUCUUUGGCUAGAACGUCAAUGUGAUGAAAACGCUGAUGAGACCGCAAAUAUGCCAGAAAAUAAUUCUUAUAAAAAUGUAUAGAUCUUUGGCAGUAGAUAAGUUCUGAUGUAUAUAACACUGUUUUCCGAGAGCUAGCGAUUUUUUUUGAUUAUUUGUCAUAUGCAAAUUCUAGAAAAGAUAAUAAAACAUUCAGAUAUAAUAUAACUACA